CGAGGUCUGGCCAAUGUCUUGAUUCGCCAAACAUACUGGGGACUGGAAUGGAGCAAUUAGCUACUGUUUGGGGAAAUAAUUAAUUAUUGUGAUUAAACCAUUCUAGCUCGCGCAGAUUGACGCAGGUUGCUCCACGGGGUAGACACGAGCAGUUUAGCUUCCAUGCACAUUCAUGACCGCGUUUAACUUGAUCCUCACGCUUACUAUACGUUAUGGUCGAACUACAAAACAUACGAGACCAUUUUGUGACUCUCUCACUCACGGUCUGUUUAUCGCCAAACCCAGCCGCGGCCCAUGGUAAGAUGCAGAGGAUCGGGAUUUAAGACGAACCAGCGGGUCCGUCCUUACACUGGGUUUGACAGAAAAAGAGCAACUCCAUCUGGAUUCGGCAGGUCCAAGGGGGAUCUGUGUUCACCACUACUGAUCGCUCCGUCUUGUAGAUUUCCCCGAGACUCUUGUUGAAGAAGCAGGAAGCGAGAGAAAAACAGCCGCCUUCCUGCUGGUUUUCUCAAACUACACACCUCAAUGUGUAAGGGGAUCUCCUACCUGCCCUCCUCAUGCCUGGAGAAGGCAAAAGAGAUGCGGGUGAUGUUAAGCCAUCUGGCUGAGACGCACCACAAGCACAAGAUUCUGGAUGGAAAAGCUGUCCACGACCUGGAAACUCUGCUGAACAACAUAAGCGGUCUGCAGGCGUUUCGUGGGUUCCUGCUUUCAGAGUUCAGUGAAGAGAACCUUGAGUUCUGGCUGGCCUGCGAGGACUACAGGCUGUCUCCUUCAAACCUGCAGAAGACCAAGUCCAGCAGCAUCUACGGCCAGUUUAUUAACCCUGACGCUCCACAGGAGGUAAACUUGGACGCUGAGACCCGGAAAGCUCUGUUGAGUGUGACGGACUCUCCGUGUGCCAACACAUUCAACAAGGCUCAAGAGAGAAUCUACAAUUUGAUGGCGAAAGACUCCUUCCCGAGGUUCCUGCGCUCCCCUUACUGCAUGCAGGCCAUUAAAGCUUUUUAAAACAUAUAGUUUAUUACCACAGACCCGCUUUAGAAAUAAGUGCUGAUGAAUCUGUACUGCUUGAUAUGUUGAUUGUAUUUUACCAACUAGUUUGUUUUGAGAUUGUUUUCUGUAUGGUAGUGCUGUCCUUGUGCGCUGUAUGCAUAAUGCAUGCUGUUAUCAUUAUGACGCUGAGUUGUAGACAUAGUUAAAAAGUCUCACAUAAAAACCUCAAUUAUGAUGCAGCUACAUUGCACCUCUGGACUGCUGAGCUACAAGUCCACAAAGGAUUUAAAUAAAUACCUCAUAAAAGACAACUCAU